AACUUUAGACGCCUUGAAAGAUGAAAUACAUGCUACCUGCCUAUCAUUCUAGUCUAUAUGCAAAGUUCCACGUCCGAUUAUCACAUGCGUAUCCGUAUUGUGUCGCUAAUCACUAAAGGCAGAAUUUUAAAAAACUGAGAGAUUGGUAUCUUUUGAUAUAUUGUUGGGUUGAAUAUGUUCUGGCAAUCACAAUCAUUGUCCACGCACACAGCUUUUGCUUCAACUGAGUAGUUUCUUUGUCUCUUUCCAGGGUACUUUUGUGUAAUUUUCUGAAUCUUUGGCUCUGUCUAUCAAUUUUUGCAUCUGGGUUUUUUUGAAUUUUUGGGGGAAAAUGGUUGUGGAGGAAAUCAGAGGAAAAAGUGGGGGUGAGAACGGAAAUUAUGACAAUUUCCCAGUGGGUAUGCGUGUUCUUGCGGUUGAUGAUGAUCCAACUUGCUUGAGGUUAUUGGAAACUCUACUUAGAAAAUGCCAGUAUCAUGUUACAGUGAAGAGCCAGGCAAGGGAGGCACUGCAGAUUUUGAGAGAAAACAAAGACAGAUUUGACCUGGUAAUCAGUGAUGUACAUAUGCCGGACAUGGAUGGUUUUAAGCUUCUGGAGCUUGUUGGCCUUGAAAUGGAUCUUCCUGUCAUCAUGCUGUCUGCAAAUAGUGAUCCCAAACUUGUCAUGAAAGGGGUUACUCAUGGUGCUUGUGAUUAUUUGGUGAAACCCAUCCGAAUUGAGGAGCUGAGGAAUAUAUGGCAACAUGUAAUCAGGAGAAAAAAGUUUGACUCCGGCAAGCAGAACAAAUGUACCGAUCAAAUCAAUAAUUGUCAAGCAAGUGGACAAGGUCAAAUGUCUCUAAUGACAGGCACUGUGGAUCAGAACGGGAAAUUUAAUAGAAAGAGGAAAGAUGACGAUGAUGAGAGUGAAGACAAUGGAGAUGAAAAUGAAGACCCUGCUACACAGAAGAAGCCUAGAGUAGUCUGGUCUAUAGAGCUUCAUAGGAAAUUUGUUGCAGCUGUGAAUCAAUUGGGCAUUGAAACAGAAGCUGUUCCUAAAAGAAUACUCGACAUGAUGAAUGUCGAAGGGCUCACCCGGGAAAAUGUAGCUAGUCAUCUCCAGAAGUAUAGGCUUUACCUGAAAAGGAUCAGUUCAGUCGCAACCCAGCAAGCAAACAUGGCUGCAGCACUGGGGAUUAAGGAUUCCCCUUUUGUGCGUAUGAGUUCACUAGACCGGCUUGGAGAUUUUCGAAAUUUGGCUGGAUCAGGAAGAUUUGCAAAUACUGCUUUAUCACCUUAUUCAGCAAAUGGCAUGCUUGGUAGACUAAAUAGCCCUGGUGGUGUUAACCUUCAUAAUCUUACUUCAUCUGCACUAAUCCAACCAAAUCAUGCACAAAACUUGAGCAACUCCAUGAGUAAUGCGGGGAAAUUUCAUCCAGUUAUAACACCUGGAAGUCAAAAUGGCAGUUUAUUUCAAGGAUCAUUGGAAAUGGACCAGUUACAAAAGAAUAAGUGCACUACAGAAAUCACAAACUUCAAUUCUAUGGAUGAUUCAAGAAUGUUUACAGCUGCCAGCGCAUUCACGAAUACUGGAGAAGCAAUUGGUAGUUCAAGCAACUAUUUAAAUGGUGACCCAAAUAAUCUUAUGAUGUUACAUGGUAACUCCCAGCAAGCACUGAGCGGAGGAUUUGGAAAUCAGUCUUCUCUCAACAUGGCCUCAUUUAAUGCAGAAUCCUUAAAUGGUGGUGUUGGUCAAUCCUCCAAUUUUCUGGAUCAUGGUAAAUUUAAUGAGACCUGGCAGACAAUUCAACUGCCUAAGGUGCAGUCAAAUACUUUAUUCUCUGCUGAGCAUUUACAGGAUCAGUUGCCUCUCAAUACUGUAAGAGACAACAAUUCUUCAAACAGUCCUCAUUUACAGAACAACCCUCUUGAUAUUUCUUCCACCACCAUGGCUUCACGACCUCUUGAGGAUUCAAGAGGAGAGAUUCAAUUUCAAGAAGGAUUGGUUGGUCAAAACUCGGACACUAUUUUUGGUUCCUUCGACUUUAAUAUUCCUGCCAAUGGAAAUCUGCCUCCCUCGAGCAAGAGUUUGGACCAAAGUACUGGAAUCUUCAACAGAAAGAUGGAAAUGGUCGUAAAUAGUAGGUUGCCUGGAGGUGCUUCUACUCUUAUGCAGCGGAAUGAGAUUGAACAAUCAAAUACUGACUCUAGAAGGUCUAACGAGAACUUUCUUUUGGAGCAAGCAAAGCUGCAAGGUGGUUUUGUUUCUCAAAGUUACGGUUCAUUGGAUGAUUUAGUGAAUGCAGUGGUCAAACGGGAACAAGACGGAAACAUAUCAGAUGGCAAUUUCGGGUUUGAUGAUUACUCGUUUGGACCAGGAAUAUGAAGCUUCAUUGGCAACUAGUUUAUGUGAAAAGUAGAGUUUCCAAAUCCAUCUUUUCUUCCAAAACUUUUUUAGUUGUUGAAUUAGUUGCAACUUUGUAAUUACAAUAGCUUGUUAGCUGUUGCUUGUUUUCUUGAAGAACACUUUGUUAGUUGUCCUAUAAACUAUGCAUGAGUAACUAAAAAAUCUGGGAUAUUUCUUUUGGCCUA